UUUCAUUUUAUAUUAUAUUACAUUAUAUUAUAUUUACACUAUAUUUAAAUUAUAUUUAUAUCAAAUUGUAUCGUAUUAUAUUAUACCAUAUCAUAUCUUAUUACAUCAUACAGUAUAAUAGUAAAUAAAUGACUAGUAUAAAGGCAAUAACUCAAAAGAGAAGACAGGUUUAUAAACCUAUACUAGAAUUACCAUAUUCAAUCAAUAAUAAUUACUGGCCAGAUAAUUCGAUAUUAAGCAAAAACAUCAAUCAGCUAGAUAAUCUAUUGGACAAUUUGUUGAUUAUUUUGAAACCCAUAAAGGAUUACUACACUUUAAUUGAUUACGAGAAGCAAAACAAUAUUAAAAAGACUAAAAAAAAGGAAAAGAGUAAUGAUGCCAUAGAAGAGAAAGGGAGUGGUAUAACCAGGGAAAAGCCCGAAAUAUUUAACCAUAUAACGAUUGGAUUUAACUCGACGAUUAAAUCAUUGGAAAGACAGUGUUCAGUAAAGCAUUUGCACAAGGAAAAAACAAACAGAGAUAAAACAAACGAUCAAAGGGAAAAUAAGAGAGAGAUUUCAAUUGAUUUGGUGUUUGUGUGUAAAAACGACAUUCAACCUCAAAUACUCACAAAUCAUUUGCCAAUGCUCUGCUACAAUGCCUCGAGUCUUUGCGGCAAAAACAUCAAAUUGGUGGAAUUGCCGAAGAACACCAUCGACAGGAUGUCGUCGUUCUUGUAUCCUGGUGAAAAUGGAGCCAGCAGCGGCAGCAACUACAACUACGGAGGCAUCAUCGGCAUGGAGGCUAGCUACUUGAAGAACAGCCCGCUGGUCAACCAGCACAACCUCAGGAUGUUGGAGGACAUUCUCCUGGAAAUCGGCAACGUCAGCAUCAGCUGGCUCAACGCCCACACCUUGCGCUACGCAAAGCUGAACAUCAAAUUGCUCAAAACCAGCGCGCCGGUGCUUCUGAAGACCAAGCAGCACAAGCUGCAGAAGCUGCACACGCGCAAAACGCUAGACCCACCGCUGCGGGUCGGCAGCUGAGCGGCGCCUACGGCACUACCAGAGCGACGGCUCCCGCAUCCCGUGCCACGGCGGUGGGUCUGUUCCGGAAUGAGCAUGCGGAGGGAACGCAGUGGAGGAGCUCAGAGGAUACAGAACUUGC